AUGCAGCCUACGACCGAAAGCGGUGCGUCGACAUCCACUCCUCCUGCCAACGCCCCGACUCCGAUCAAUGCCGCUACGCCUAUCAAUAUGUCGACCCCAAUCCAUGUCGCUAGCUCACCGCAAACGCCUAAUAAAUCCCCGAAGGCCAAGCCCACUCCGAAACCGAGGGCGCGCGAGCCAACGAAGCGCAGGUCAAAGACAUCUUCGACGCCUGUUGGGCCUUCCAUUCCCGUGCCCUCUCCUAUGGUUGUUCCAUCGCCUUCAUCUCCUACCAAGGCGGAAACUCCCGCUGCUGUCUCUUUGACAUCGUCCGAGCAGCCGCCCGCGGCUGCGUCGACACCACCUGUUCCUUUCGCGGAUAGCAGGGCGGGAAAGCGUCAACGCGAUGAUGAGCCAGUCGUUGUCGGGGACGAGGUGAACAAUGCGCCAUCACCGAAGAAAGCCAAGACGGGGACGGAGGGUGAACAGCUGAGCGACGCGUCACCGGCGCACAAGCCGGACAUGGAACCCCUCGAGACAGACGAAGACGUGGUUAAGUUUUUUGAGCAAAUGCACUCCAUGUUGCAGAUGAUCCCUCCAGAUGAUGGGAACGGGCCGCAAAUAUCACAGAUGUUCUCUCAGAUCCUGAAGGGAUGCGGUGAUUCGACGGACCCACUGCCGGAGUUGGGGGGAUUGGGCGAGGAGAACAUCCAGGCAACCUCAGCGCCCCAGCAAGAUGUGCUCGACUUCUUUGAUUUCUCGUCAUUUGGGACGGACGAAGAAGUGGGGUCGAAGGCAGCUACGCCAGAACUCAUGCAAGCGUCUUCAACGAACCCGAGCCCCGGCUCUGGCUCAGAAGCCGAUGCUGCCCAUUCCUCUUCAACGGGAUUCGACCCUGCACGGAUUGUCUCGGGCGACGAGGGCGACAGCAUAUCGGAGAUGUUACGGUUGGGUACCUGGAAGGAGAUCGACGGGGGCGAAAGUGCGUACUACCAGUCGUCGGACGGGUGGAAAUGGGAUGCACCGAUGCACGCGUCGGACUCGGCGUGGGCGAUAUACACUACGUAG